AGCCCGGUACACCCUGACGGCCCUAAGCAAGUCUUGGGACCAAACACCGUGCGAGUUUUCCCGUCUCCCUCAAGCACUCAUCUGCCAGAGCCACUAGAUCCCGUAAACAUAGUUAUCUCAUAGCACAAUCAAAUGGCGAUUCGCGCCUUUUCAAGAUCAAGAGUAGCAAAACUCAGUACAGUACUCUUUCAAAAUCUCCCAAAUCAAUUAAUACAUCGGAAUUCAUUGCCUUCAAACCCCCAAAUCCCAGCUUCAGAAUCAAAUAUUUUAUACAAUCGCGUUUAUGGGCUGAGGCAAUACCACGACGGUAGGCCGAGAGGGCCACUCUGGAGAGGCAAGAAGCUGAUUGGAAAAGAAGCCCUUUUUGUAAUACUAGGAUUAAAGAGGUUUAAAGAUGACGAAGAGAAGCUUCAGAAGUUCAUAAAAACCCAUGUUUUGAGGCUCUUAAAAAUGGACAUGAUUGCUGUCCUUACUGAGCUAGAGCGCCAGGAAGAGGUCUCUUUAUCUAUCCAGAUGCAGGAAUGUAAUAUGGCAUUGAUCAUUUUACUCGGGUUAUGGUCAUAUCAUAAAAAAUUUCAGGUGUUUCAAGUGAUUCAAAAGCAAGACUGGUAUAAGCCCGAUGUCUAUCUCUACAAGGAUUUGGUCAUUGCAUUAACAAGAACUGGGAAAAUGGACGAAGCCAUGAAGCUGUGGGAAGCUAUGAGAAACGAGAAUUUGUUCCCGGAUUCUCAAAUGUAUACAGAAGUCAUUAGGGGCUUCUUGAGGGAUGGGUCUCCUGCUGAUGCAAUGAAUAUAUAUGAGGACAUGAAGAAGUCACCAGAUCCACCAGAGGAAUUACCAUUUAGGAUUUUGUUAAAGGGGCUUUUACCACACCCACUUCUUAGGAACAGAGUGAAGCAAGAUUAUGAAGAGCUUUUCCCUGAAAAACAUGUUUAUGAUCCUCCAGAAGAGAUAUUUGGCGUGUACUAAGCUAAAACUCAUCCUUCACUUUAUCAAAGGGCAGCAUCAUACUUCAAGUUCAACCACUUCAAGUCAUGACAAUGACAGACAGAAGAUGGUACUAUGCGCUAUUUUACUGCGAGGAAGGAGAGGAUUGGCUCUUCAACGCUAGUAUACAUCCCACAUUGCCAUUGUUUACUUUUAGAGCCUCAAGCUGUGGACUUCUCUAUUGUUCCUAUCUUCUAAGAUGGAGCUGAAAGGUGGAAGCUGGAGGAUUCUUUGUAUACUGUUAUGUCUUUAAAUACCUGUUAUACCAGCUUCUUGUGGAUUCUCUUCAUUUUGGUAUUGAUUAAUGAUUUACUUGUUCAAUUGAACAUUUCAACGAGUCAUUAUUAGUCUUUUGA